CACAGGGAGAGCCCGCGAUCGGGCCCUGUCGCGGCCUCAUUGGUUGGCUCAGGUUUUGGUCGCCGACUGUUGCCGUUUUGGGCCAUUCUUUUCUUUCCAGUUCAUUCGCCAGGGCGCGGGGCUAUUUUUGGGCUGCGUGUCCGAUCGUUCAGCCGGCGGGCACGACGUGGCAUCCGCCAGACUCAAUCAACCUCAACUCUUCGGGCUAACUUCAAAGUUCAAUCUCAGCGAAAGAAAAAGCCACCGCCACCACUGCAUGUUGCACCCCACGAUCUCGACAGCUUUGAUAGGAACUUGCCGCUUUGCUUCACCGCGCGAGGACACCCACGAUGGCCCCCUCUUCCCCACAGCCCGCUCUGACAAUGCAUCCAUCGUGCUGGUGCAACAGCAAACGAGCGCUACGUCCAGAUUCCACCUCUGACUUGACAUCAAGGCUCGUGCCCAGCCAACUAACGCUAGUUGCCAGGCCUCCGCCCCGGUGCUAGUUCAUUGGGAGUCCAACGCCAUGGCCGCAGAUCCCCAUUCCAAUCGCACGCCAGCUCAUUUCCUCGACGAUAAGCUUACCCGCAUGAGGUCUGUCGCUCUUCACCCCUUUACCUAGGUAGCCAAGUGCCUGGCAAGCACCUAUCGCGUGCACAUUUCUCUACCAGGCACAUCCAUGUUCGGAGCGCCAGCACUGGUUCAGGACAGAAAGAAAAAACGGCGGGCUAGGCAUGCUACGGAUCGGGAAAAGAUGAGAUGCAGAAGCAAGGAGAACCUGAGACUGCAAAUAUCCCCACGCAAGCGCCACCAGCCCUCCCCAGCCCCAAGUGACAGGGCCCCAAGGCUCGCUUUCCGGUUUAGCUCAUCGCGCAACAAGCGUGCGCGCGCAUGCACGCACCGCCUCUUGUCAAGCAAGCCUCUUUGUCUUAGUUCUCGCUUCUUUGCUUUUUGCAUCUUACAUGUGCUUGUUCGGCAAGGGAGGCGGUGACUCGACGACAUCGAGACAUUUUCUUUCCAUAUGCGCAAGAGCCAUAAUAUUCCAGCCACUGAGAGCGCCUGACCCCUGCCGGGGUAGCAACUGCAUGCAGGCUCGUCUGUUUUGUUGUUGCUCAGUGGCCGUCAGCCCAGAACAUCUUUCCGCAUCAGGUUCCAUUGUGUGCAUACAUCGACCGACUAUCGCUAGAAGCGGUUCGGUUCCGAUGCGAUCGAUGCCUGCUGGCUUCUAGGGCCAUGCUCCGCCCUCCUGGUAUAGGCCGGAGUACCUGGGCAGCACCAGGAAAAGAGCAGAGAAGUGACUGUCAGCCGAGAGACCCUCCCCCGAAACUCUCCCUCUGCCUCCGUUCCUCCGUCAGCUCUACCAGCGGCACUAAGCCUCUGCCUCUUCUCCCCAAAAUAGUCUAUGUCGACCUGUUCGUGAGAAGCUAGCCAGCUGGCCACAACGGGUUGGCCAAGAUAAUAGCAGCGGCUUCUGGGCCUUGGAUACUUGGCGGCCAGCAAGCGCAGGCACACCGAUCAAGAGGUCAUGCCUGAGCCCCUGAGGUGGAAGUCGGGAUAGGCCUCGGAGACAUCCGCGCCCCAGCACGCCCACGUUCAGGCCAGCACAGCCGAGAGGGGGUCAGGCGCUCGCUUGACGGGACAGCCAAUACGAGCGUCGGCCCACGCGGUGCAGGUCAGAAAACGGACAUCCGUCCUGCAGCCACACAAUAGAGGCUGUUGCAACCUUGGCCCAAGGAUUCACACAGCUCACAGCUCACACCACCACUCCUGUCAUCUCAGCCUCAAGCCCCACAGGCUCUUCCGCAGCCCAGGCCUGGGCCAGCGAGGAGGCUCGGGCGGUCCUCCUGCGCUCUUGCCCUUCCAACCCCAAGGACAUGGAUGCUACUAGCCCGACAUGGUACUGAAUCUUGGCAGCCUGUGUGCUCUUUGCUGAGUCUCACCUGCCUGUGGGUAGGCUCGCGGUCCAUUGGCUUGGCAUCCAGCUCGUCGAGCAUGGGAAGAAAAAAAAAUAGCCGACCAUCGAAACGUCGUUAUAAACGUGCCUUCUCCCCGCCCGAAAUGCAUCAUGGUUAGAGAGAUCGGCACUCGUGCAGUCGCAAAGGUUUCUCCUCCCCCUUCUGGGUUUCCCUGUCUUCCACCACCUCCCUGGUUGACGUUUAGUCCGGGUUGCCUCGUGUCCGCUCGCUUGACACAGGCCUCGCGUCCCUUCGCUGGUUCUCUUCUCGUUGCCCUGAUCGUCCCCCCUAGUAAUUUCUAGUUCUUCAUACCCACCCACUGUCCACACCGCAGCCAUGCGUGUGUCCUCCCUUGCUACUCUGGGCCUCUCUGGCCUGGGGGCCGUGGUUAGCGCCGCAACUGUCACGUACGACUGGACCAUCGACUGGGUCCGGGCGGCCCCUGACGGCUUCUCGCGUCCCGUCAUCGGCGUCAACAACAAGUGGCCCUGCCCCCCCAUCCGUGCCGCCGUCGGCGACACGGUCGUUGUCAAGAUAAAGAACAACCUGGGCAACCAGACCACCGGUCUGCAUUUCCAUGGCAUCAACCAGAUCGCGACCAACGAGAUGGACGGCGCCUCGGGCGUCACCCAGUGCCCCCUGCCGCCUGGAGACACCCUGACCUAUCAGUUUGUGGCUGAUGCUCCCGGCACAUAUUGGUAUCACUCGCACACUAUGGGUCAGUACCCUGACGGCCUGCGCGGCCCGCUCAUCAUCGACGACCCGAACGAUCCGUACAAGGGCAAGUACGAUGAGGAGGUCAUCCUGUCCGUCUCUGACUGGUACCACUCCGAGACUCUGGCGCUGGUCCGCAACAUGCUGUCGCCUUCCAACACUCGCUUCGCGCCUCCCUUCCCCAACAGCAUCAUUGUGAACGAGGGCGGCGAUGGCAAGUACAAUUUUGUCAAGGGCAAGACGUACCGGUUCCGCGUCAUCAACUUCGGAGCCUUCGCCUCAGCCAUGUUGCAGUUCGACUCGCACACCAUGGAGAUCAUCAUGAACGACGGCGCCUACGUCAAGCAGGAGCAGGCCUACCAGAUCCGCAUCUCGCCCUCGCAGCGGUUCGACGUGCUCAUCAGCUGCAUCGAGCGCGACCACCGCAACUACCCCAUCUUCUUCUCGCUCGACCAGAACCGGGACUUUGAGCUCAACCCGACCUGGCCCCUCAACUUCACCGGCCACCUCGUCAUGGACUCGCAGAAGGCCCUGACCCAGUUCAGCGUCCCCAAGUGGAAUCCCCACAACGACGCCCACCUGAAGCCCUACAACGACGCCGACAUCCUGCCCAACCCGGACCAGGUCAUCAAGCUGGACUUCACCUUCUGCCGCGACGUCAACGGCUACCCGCGCGCCUGCUUCAACAACCAGACCUACAUCCCGCAAAAGACCCCCGUCCUGUACACGGCCGCCACCGUGGGCGAGCACAACACCAACCCGCUGGUCUACGGCCAGGUCCUGCCCUUCAUUGUGCCCUACGGCCGGGUUGUCGACAUCGUCGUCAACAACAUCGACGCUGCCAUCCACCCCUUCCACCUGCACGGCCACCACUUCCAGGUGCUGGAGCGCCCGGGGCACAACGCCGGUGUCUGGCAGGGCCGGUCGCACGGCUUCAACAAGAAGCCCCCUAUGCGCGACGUGGUGCACGUCAACGCCAACUCGUACGCCGUCCUGCGCUUCAAGGCCAACAACCCGGGCGUCUUCCUGUUCCACUGCCACAUCGAGUGGCACGUCGAGAUGGGCCUGACGGCCACCAUCAUCGAGGCCCCUGAGCGCCUGCGCGGCAAGACCUUCCCGUCAGACCACACGGCCGCCUGCCAGAAGCAGGGCCGCCCGCUAUCUGGUAACGCCGCCGGCAACAUGGCCAACCCGCUCGACACCACGGGCUUCGUCACCGUGCCCGACACCGUCUACAACGGCGCCAUGUACACCCCCAUCGUCGCCCCCCGCAGGCACCGCGCCGUCCGGGACCUGAGCUUUUGAGGCCUUCUCAAUACCUUCUGGUCGGAUGGUGCUUAAUAGAAGCCGCCGCUUCCCACCUUGUGCCGUCCUUGAUCGGUCGGGUUCGGGAUUGUUCGGGAGACCGUGCUUCGAAACCUUUCCUGUGUUUACUUUUUUUUUUUAACAUUAAUUCUUUCAAACUAUCCUGUACGAGUGUCAGCUCCUUGCUUUAUGGAGUUUAGUCGAUCGUCCUUACUGACGAUCCCCAGGCGUUGCUUUUUUUUAAAAAUAAAAUAAAAAUUUUACGGCAUGGGUAACAGAACUGGGGGUGUUGUGUAAUGGGAAAGAAGAGACGCGCGAAAUGCAGCGUUCCUGUCAAGACUGAGACUACUUGGUCAAUCUUGUGCAUCUGGCCAUUUUCCUGGUAAAUCUCCGCGACUCUGCUCUGUACCAGUUUGUUGAUUUUGGUGCUUUGUUGGGUGCGAACAUCUGGGGGAUGGUAUCACUCGAUGGAAACCGCUUGGCAGAUUUUUCUCCCUUCUCGUUGGCUUCCAUAGUCAGGCUCUCCUCCCGUAUACGUCUUGGCCGUCAUGAUGAGAUUAAUGUCAAAACGUUGCCAUGUCCCCAAAACGGAUUCUGACAAGUGGUGAGGGUGUCUCGAGGAUAAAAUUCAC